CACUGAUCCAGUGGGAAGGCGGUUUUGCAAUCGACUGUUUUCUUACUCAGCAUCCAGACCUCUAACCCAAGGCCACGGUUGACUUUGUCUGUUGACGAAGUUUCUUUGCUUGGCCAGUCCAUACAAUCUCGCUAUCUGUUGAUAGGCUCGCAAGUUCCUGUUAAAGACGCGUCUCCAACGUGGGAUGUGGCCCCUCAGCCCAUAUCUCUGAACCGAACCACAAUGCUACAUUGGCACACCCAGUGAGCGCGGCAUCAUGCGACAAAUUGUUUUCAUCAAUUACGCAGAUGGUCACCAUCGGAAUGACAACGAACAGCAACGACGCAUCUCAAUCAAUGCGUCGAAAACGAAGCAGUCGAAGAAGAAGGUGGUCGGCAGCAAGAAGUGUCUUACUGAUACUCAAGUUGCCAGCGACCAGGUCGUCCUCUUUUCAGCAUCUCGAAAGUACCGGCCUGCAACGUACAAUGCCAUGUCAGAUGCCAAUGGGCUGCUCGCGGAUAGAGCCAUGAUCUUCAAUGGUAUCCAGUUCGAUCCUUAUGGAAAGCUUGCGUAUAUGGACAUUCCGGAGCAUCGGAAGAUAGCCGACUAUGUCCUUCGAUCCUAUGCCUACAGAAUACAGCCACUUCAGCGAGCCAUCGGCUCCGCAAAGAAAGCGGCGGAGAAGAACUUCGCAAUGGCAUUGAUGAGUCCCGAACUGUUCUACGCGAUAAUGGCAAUGGGAUGUGCCGACUACGAAAUGAGAACGACACUCAUGAUCCCAGAAAAUCCAUCACAACGUGUGCUGCUCUUCAAGGGGCUGGCUCUCCAGACACUCUCGUUCAAAUUGCAAAACCACUUUCAGGACGUAGACAUGGCUGCCAUUUUGGCCAUUAUUAUGCUAAUGGGAUUGGACAUUUCCUUUCAGGAUGUUCAGCCGGUAAUGAUACACCGACGCGCUCUACGAAAAUUAGUAGCACUCCCACAAAUUCCUGGCAUGCCUGCGCGUGGCGCUUGGUUGACACACGAGAAUUUGUCUUCGUUCACCAAGAGCUUUCUGUCCGAGGAAGAACCAGCAUGGCACAUUGAUCCAAUCAAGGACAUGCUAUCGUCGUAUUCUUCGGAUCAACGCGAACCACUCCGUUACCCGAGUGCGGCUGAGCUUGCCACUGUCCUGCCGAGUCUCCCCUCCGGCAUCCGAAGCCUGACAUUGAAUGGCGUCUUUAGUAUGGAACUGCUGGACAUCAUGGUACGAGUGAGCCAAUUGACGACGAUUCUCCACAAAGGACGACGUCGAGAUGAACCCCUCACAAGUUUCGAGGCCACAUACGUGGUGGCAUACAGAGCUGAGCACGAGUUCCACAAUUGUAUCGAUUGCUUCCGUCGCAUCUCGAUCCAAGAGACCCCAGCGGGCUUUGCAUUGGCACAACCGGGGGGCUUUAUUAUCGAGCACGUCGUUUGCCUUGCCUUGUUGCUUCUCUGCAACUGUGAAUUUGGAUGCAUGGUUCAUGGCCCUAUCUUCAAAACGGCGCAGGAUGCUCUCCGUACCGUCAUUGAGCAAUGCCAAAUCAAACUAGGACAAGAAGAUUGUAUGAUCUGGGCGCAAUCCGUCGGGCUAUGGGCGGCUGUCCUUACGACGGGCGAGCAUGGUGAGGACGCAGAAUUUUACAUCACGAGGUUUCGACGAGGAUACACCAAACACUUGUGCCUCGAGGAAUACAAAGACAUUCUGAAGAGAUUCCUCUGGACGGAACUCAUGAUGAAAGUAUGCGAACGAACCUUUGAGCGAUUGGUCAUAAUUCCGACAGCUUCAAAGACGUGACGCUGGGAUAAUGAGGCCUAUUAGGGAACCAACCAUUCGGCUCUACGAGACAUCCAACUCAUACAGCGGCUCAAAUUGAGCAUCCAUUCAUUGCCCGUCCUUCCAUUACCGAUGCGGACAGACUGUUCAGACUCACGAUUUGAUCAAUGUCUGCGGAGGAGAUGGGUUUCAAAAGUGGUGGCCAAUACGCAAACCGUGGCAUGACUGUGGUCGUUGGGGAUCGAGUUCAUGUCUUUUGUUCUGGGUCGGAGGGAAUAUACCAGAGAAAGGAGGCAAACACAGCCCAGUGACGUGUACCAGGACCCGUGGCGGUUCUGCCAACUUUCUACCAAAGCAAGGUGGUCGCUGAGUGAGUGAUCAACCCGUGCAAUCUUCCGCAAUAGGCGGAGACCGAGGGUGUCUACAGAGCUAUAGCUUAAACUGUGU